AUCAAAACUUCAAAAUUGAUAAAUUCUAUAUUAACACAGAAUUGAAUUGAAUACAAUUAUAAUUAAUAAGUCCUAUCAAGAUACUAGAAAAAACUUUUGUUCAAAAUAUUUAAACAGAUAAAAUGAAUGAACAAACUUCGAAGAAAAUAUUGUUUAAUAAAUCUACAUUACUAAGUCUCAAAGCGGAAUUGCUUAAAAAGCAAGAGGAAGUGCAGGAAAAGAAACAUUUGCCAAAGCACAAUAUAGAACUGUUCAAACCUCUUCACCAAUCUGUAGAAAAACAUAAUAAAAGUGAAACUAAAACAGAAAAAAGGACUUUAAAAGAUAAUUUAAAAGCUGUAGAUGUAGAAGAAUUUGAAGCAUGCAGAAAGGCAAAAUUAGCAUUAGAAAAGAAAGCAGUGUUAUAUAAACAUUUGGAAGAUGGAGCAGGUGAUUCACAACUGGCUGGUCACUUUCUUGUAGAUUUCAAAAGCAAAAAGCAAGAGACACUCUCGAAACCGCAGCCUGAACCUGAGGAAGAGGAAGAACAGAUUCCUUAUGAAGAAGAUCAAAGUGAAUGGGUUGAGUUUACGGACUUUUUGGGUCGAACUCGUAAAUGUUUGAAAUCAGAUUUGGAUCAUUAUAAGAAAAGGGAUGAAGAGCUUAUGAAAAUAGUUACCAAUGAGCCAAAACAGCAGGAUUCUACUGAAAGUGACAAACCCCAGGCAGCACAAAGUUCAGAAAAGCCAUUGUUAGUGCAGAAAACAAAUGACUAUCUACAGUUAUUGCGCGAAAAAUGGGAACAAAAAGAAAAGGAACUUCUUUCAAAAGAAGAGGAUAUACACUACCAAGAUUUACUAUUUGAUGAGGCGAGAAUCCACGGCGUCGGCUACUACGCGUUCAGUACAGACGAGGCCGAGCGGCGUAAACAGAUGGAGGAGCUCUUGAAGCGACGGGAUGAGACCUUGAAGGCUCAGAAACAGGCCGAGGAAUUGCGGAAGAAGCGUGAUGAGCUGAUAGCGGCCAGGGUCGCUGCGGCACGGGCUCGACAACGUGCCAGGGCUGGUCUUCCUCCUGAAGACCCUGAAGAAAAGAAACAAGACUUCACUACUUGUCUGCUACAAUUUCUAACGCAGCAAAAGGAUGAAGCAGAUAAAAUUGCCAAAGAGGCGGAAAACAAAGCUAGAGCAGAACAGGAGAAGGAGAGGCAAAAGUUACGUGAUGCGUAUGUAAGGGAAUGGGAUCUCGGGAAAGACGGGGUUGAAGGUAAAGGAAAGAAAUUUAGAGAAAUGUCUCAAGAAGAAUAUGUUGAACAGCAAAGAGCCAAGAGAAUUGACGAAUUUGCCCCUUUUCAAAAAAUUAACAGUGAUAAUUCGAUGGAUGUGUUUGAUACACAAGGCAAAAGAGUUGUAUCGGAUUCUGAUAAAAACAAAGUUAAAACUUGGUCUGAUGUAAGACGAGUGGAAACUCCUCCACCGCCAGUUAUAAGCGCUCUUACUGAUUCAGAACAGAAGGGUCUCUAUUUCACUACAAAAAAAGCUGAAAUUGUGGUCAAAUAUAAAAACUUUGUGAAAGGUCAAGAACCAGUGCCCAUAAAUAACGAACUGAAUGAUGAAGAAGAAUUUGUUAAUACAAGAUCUAAACCUGAUAAGAGAAAGGAUGGUACUGAAUAUCUUGAAAUGGAACCUCCAGCAACGUAUGAUUAUUAUGGUCCUAUUCCUAAGCAUAGAAAAUCAGAUAAACCUUUCGAUUCGGAUUUAAGAGAAGCCAUGGCCCAAGGGAAUAAAAGCUUAGAACGAAAAGAGAGUAGUAGAAAGCUACCCCAACAUUAUGAUUUUACAUUCGUCUGAUUUUUUGUAAGAAACGUGUUAAAUAAAAAAACCUUAGUACAAGA